CAUAUGUAUGUGUGCUCACGCACACACCCACCGCGCUAACUUACGAAUACACGUCAGUACGCUAACAGCAAGCAGUUGUUUCACUUGUCUCACCCCCACGUAUCUAUCACUGGCGACGACUACCCACAUAGCAAAAAAGUUAAAAUAACGGAAAAUGUCUGGUGCUACGAGUACUUUCGGCUUAUUGUCUUCGUUCGACCACACUACCCAGUCUUGGGAGACGUACAAAGGACGUAUUGCGCAGUGGUUCAUCGCGAACGAUAUCGACGACACCAAAGAUGCCGGGGGACAAAAGAGACGAGCGAUCCUCCUUAGCGCACUCAGUGACGGCACGUACAAGCUCGCGGCGGACCUUGCGUUACCGAAGGAGCUGCAGACCGUGCCAUACGAAGAUAUCGUCAAGCUGCUGGACGGCCACUUCACUCCGAAACGCUGUGGAUUCGGCGAACGAUACAAAUUUUACGCGGCUACGCAGCAGUCGGGGGAGACAUUUCCACAAUGGGCGGCACGGUUGCGCGGGUUAUCGGCGCACUGUGGUUUUACCAAUGUGGAAGAAUCUCUUCGCGACAAGUUCGUCAUGGGAAUGUUAUCCGGGCCGGAGAAGGAGAAGCUCUUUGCGCGGGACCUUACGGUGCUCACUCUCGCCAAGGCCGUGGAGGUGGCCGAAAGUGUACGGUGUGCGCGCGCGGGGGCAGCGGCCUCAGAAACGGUACAAACAUCCCAGGAUCAGCUGUUCAAGGUGGAACAAACGCGACCGCGAGGAAGUACGCCCGGGAGUAGCGGCGGCGGUAACGGUAAAAAAGAGCAGUGUCAAGUGUGCGGUUACUAUAAUCACAAAACAUUGCAGUGUCGUUUCGCGAAAUCCAAGUGUAAAAAGUGCAAUUCUACAGGGCAUCUGAAAAAGAUGUGUAAAAAUGUAAAUUUCAUGGCAGUGAACGCUGUGGAUGAGGGCGAUGACGAUGACGGUGAGUGCUAUAAAGUUUUUAACAUCCGUUCAAAUAAAGGGGAACCGAUGAUUGAAACCGUUUUAAUGUUAAACCGUCCAAUAAAUCUUGAAAUAGAUACCGGGGCAGCCGUAUCUGCGUUGCAUGUAAAUACUUACAAAAAACAUUUUAGCGAUGUACCAUUGUUAGCUACUAAGACUCGGCUAAUCACAUUUACUGGUGAUAAUAUUCCAUGUCUGGGGGCAGUGCGCCUACCCAUCACUUACGCAAACCAAACUCAUUCACUUAAAGUUUAUGUUGUGCGAAAGGCAGGCGCGGAUGUCCUAGGUCGUGAUUUUACUUCGCGUUUCAAUUUAGAGCUCGCGGUAAUUUCACCGGUUCGUUAUUGUGGCCAAGACCAUGAAACUGGCUAUACAUUAAAAGAAUUGGAAAAACGUUACGCAUCGGUAUUUUCAGAUGAAUUAGGACGAUUUAAUAAAUAUAAAGUCAGUUUACAGUUAAAAGACAACGCUAAACCAGUGUUUAUUCGCGCGAGACCAAUAGCAUUCGCCCUACGGGACAAGGUCGAUAAGGAAAUAGAUCGAUUAUUAUCAUUAGGAGUUUUAAAACCGGUCGAUCACUCGCAGUAUGCGUCACCCAUUGUGCCGGUGUUAAAACGUAACGGGGCGAUAAGGAUUUGUGCUGAUUAUUCGACGGGCGUAAACAAACAGCUGGUGGUUGACCAGUACCCCUUACCUACUGUAUCUGAACUUUUUGCAAAGUUAUAUGGCGGGAAACAGUUUACGAAAUUAGACUUAUCUAAUGCGUAUAACCAGUUUGAGUUAGAUGAAAAGUCGCAGGAAAUAACUUGUGUAAAUACUCAUCGCGGGUUGUUUACGUAUACUCGCAUGGUUUUCGGACUCUCAUCGGCGCCCGCCGUGUUCCAGCGCGCCAUGGAGGGGGUCCUGGCGGGGGUCCCGGGCACGCUGUGCCUACUCGAUGACGUGCUCGUCACGGGCGAAAACACUGAGCAGCACCUAACCAGGCUGAACGAGGUACUUAAAAGGUUACAAGACGCCGGCCUCACGUUACAAAAAGAGAAGUGCGAAUUUUUUAAAGAUGAAGUAAAUUACUUAGGAUACGUGAUAGACAAGCAUGGCUUACAUAAAUCACCGCUUAAAGUCAAAGCCAUGGUAGACGCUCCUGUACCGCAAAAUGAAAAACAGUUACAAUCUUUUUUAGGAUUAGUAAAUUACUAUAGGAGUUUCGUGCCGAAUGCGUCGGCCAUACUGAGUCCGUUAUAUGACUUGUUAAAAAAAGGGGUAAAAUGGUGCUGGACACAAGAGCAUGAUAAAGCAUUUGUGGCUAUUAAACAAUGUUUAGCAUCUGAACAAGUGUUGGCGCAUUUUAACCCUGCGGCCGACAUAGUGCUGACAGUUGAUGCUGGACCUUGUGGCUUAGGUGCCAUUUUAUCCCAAAUUGAGUCUGAUGGUACCGAGCGGCCUAUUUCGUUCGCAUCGCGCACCCUUAAUGCUGCGGAGAAGCGUUACUCACAGCUUCAAAAAGAAGCUACUAGCAUUAUAUUCGGGAUACGCAGGUACCACCAGUACUUAUAUGGCAGGGCGAUACCCUUCACCCUUCGUACGGAUCACAAGCCCUUGUUGUCGAUUUUUGGGCCCUACCGUGGCAUACCGGAAGUGUCAGCAAACAGGCUUCAACGUUAUGCAAUGUUUUUAAGCGGUUACAAUUAUAAAAUCGAAUAUGUACGAAGCGCGGAUAACAAUGCAGAUUUCUUAUCUCGAGCCUGUCUUCCCGGCCCGGCGGGGUCGCGGGGGGCGGCCACGCGCAGCGCAAACGCCACAACUGAUAUUCCCGAUCGAGCCUCGUACAUUAAUUUUGUUGUGGAUGGUAAUUUACCGGUGACAGUAACCGAGUUGCGCGAGCAGACGGAGAGGGAUACUGUUUUGCAAAAAGUGAUCCAUUUCAUUUUAAACGGUUGGCCUAAAAAGGUAUCAGACGAGGCCCUGAAACCUUAUUAUUUAUGUCGGUUACAACUUUCUUAUGAAAACGGUUGCGUCAUGAGAGGUCACAAAGUGGUUGUUCCAGCGAAAUUACAAAAUAUAAUUUUAGCGGAAGUGCACCAAUCCCAUUUAGGCAUUGUAAAAACAAAAGCUGAAGUUCGGUCUAGGUUUUGGUUUCCGGGAGUAGACGCGGCAUUAGAAAGGUUGAUAAGUGCGUGCACCAUAUGUAUUCAACAACGCCCCUCCCCCGCGCGUGCGCCGCUCGCGCAAUGGGAGUACCCGCCGUGCGCGUUCCACAGGAUACACUGUGAUUUUUUAGGACCUAUUAACGGAAGCUCAUAUUUAGUAAUAGUAGAUGCAUAUACUAAAUGGGUAGAAGUAUAUAAUAUGAAAACCACUAUUUCAUCUUUAGCGACUAUAGAAAAAAUUUGUGAAUUCAUGUCACGGUUUGGAAUUCCACAUAUAUUGGUAACCGACAAUGGUAUUACGUCGUUCACGUCGCGCGAGUUUGAGGCUUUUUGUAUGUUAAACGGCAUUUCACAUGUUACAUCACCGGCAUAUAACCCGGCUAGCAACGGACAGGCGGAAUCCUACGUUAAAAUAAUUAAAAAGGGCAUUAAAACCAGUUUACUGACUGGCAAUGGGGUACAGGAUUCGUGGAAACGACUAUUAAAAUACUUAUUUGAUUACAGAAAUUCUGUACACACUACAACGGGGGUUUCGCCUGCUCAGUUGGUAUAUGGACGGAAGUUAAGGACUCGGUUAGAUUUAAUUAACCCUAUAAUACCGUCACCCUCAUCCCCGGCGCUCGCUGAUACAGUACGAAAAAAUCAGUGUUUGCAGAAUAAACCUUCAAUGUUCCGUAAGGGGCAAUGUUUAUCUCGAGGAGAUUUGGUAUUAUUUAAGGCCUUUGAGGCAAAUGGUAAAUUUAAGUGGUGCCGAGGCACAAUUGUCAAAAAAGUUGGUAAAGUUGUUUAUAUAGUAAAAGACAAUAUAACUUUAAAAACAUUUAAAAAGCACAAAAACCAAAUUGUGUUAGAUAAAGGGCACGAUUGCGCUUACCCUAGUUAUUGGGAUGAAGACAUAGAAUUCCGGGACGAUGACACAUCAUCGCCCCGCCCGCCUACGCCGAGCGAGGAACUGCAGCCUAGCACGGGGGAGGAAGGAGAACGGACAGUGGUUCUAGAUCCACACCCUGCAUCAUCAGAGCCUCCCGAACCAAUCAGCACGCCACAGGGGUCCAUGCCUGGAGGUCAGUCCGAAGAAGAUGACGAAUUCCUGGAGGCCCUGCCUGGUCCGGUUACUGAACCCGAUACUCGAGACUCUGACGUCCCAGCCGAUAACGGUUCCGUGCCUACCACUCCUCGAACAAAGCGCAAUCGACCCAAGAUUAAUUACAAACCAUUCUUUUAGCAAUAAGUACUUAGUUGUAAUCUUUUGUUAUUCUUAGUUAAGGUUUAGACGUGUAUGUAAGCUAAGGGGAGGAAUGUUGCAUAUGUAUGUGUGCUCACGCACACACCCACCGCGCUAACUUACGAAUACACGUCAGUACGCUAACAGCAA